AUGAAGACUCCAAAGGUCAAGAAGAGGGAAGUCUCUGUACGUUCCCGCGCCGCCCGCCGCGGCAACGCACCGCCACCCACCGAAGGACCUGCCGUCAAGUCCAAGGAGAAAGCAACCGAGUACACGCCAUGGCUACACAACGCCCAGAAUUCCGGUAUCAGCAAGAAGAAGAAGACCAAGCAGCUUACCCGCCAGCAAAAGCAAAGACAGCAAAAGGGUCUCGAGCAUGCCGAGCGGAACAUCGACAAGCUGGAGAAGAAGGUCGCGGAUAGCAAGAAGCGAGGGAAGAGGUUGCAGGCGAGAACGAAGCAAUGGGAGGAGCUCAAUGAGCUUGAGCCGAAGGUGGUGGAAGCUGAGGAGACCGGUGAUGCUGCUAUAUCUGCGAAGGAGCAGCAGAAGAAGGGCAACAGGAAGGAGAUGGAUGAGGUGGAAAUGCCAGAUCUGGAGCAGCCUCAACCGGUGCAAGUGCCGGACCAGGCGGUGGAGCAGGGCGAUGUGCCAGUGGCGGAUGCGCUGCCAGACCAGCCCAGCAAGGUCUCAAGCGGAGAUGCUGCGCUCGAUGCAGUUGACGAGAUCAGCUGA